CUCGUGGCAGAGGGAUCUGUGUCAUUCGGCCACGACACACAUACCGCCCUGACGGCGACUCACGCGCCGACGAUGAAUUCGUGCGACCAAUCAUAUUUUAUUUAUACAGUGACAUACACACUCAAAGGUACAGCAGGUUGUCUGGACAAUAUUACAGACAAUGUUGAAAUACUUUGUGAAGCAUUAAAACUUCUGAACGAUGCUCUCGUAGUGUGCAGCGUGGUUGCAGACUGUGGUCCAAGAUUGAAGUAUGCGUGGGGUGAUGCAUUACAAGGAACAGAUUGUCCAGGCCCUGAUGGGACACCCUACCCUAGGCACUUAGUAAACAGAGCUCUCAAGUCAGGUCCGUGGCAGUCUUCGAGGCAAGGUCGAGGAUUGCGGACGGUGGACCCUGCCAUCAUGAGGCGAGCGCUGCUUGACGCACACGCCGGUUACUCAGAGGGCGCGCCUACGCAAGGCAGCAAUAGAACCGGUCGCUCCUCAAACCUGCCCGGACUAUCGCCGGCGCCCACAAACUCGUGUGGCGGCACUAGAUUAUGUCGGACGAGGUACAACACUACCGCUCCUAUGUACGGGGUGUCUCUAACUUCGGGUCAGCCUGUCACUAUAGUACAGAAAUUCCCUGACUUACUGCAGCAAGUCGUCUUCGAGGUUUGCGAGUCAAGCGAAUGCUCCCUAGUAAGGGGGACAUGCUCACAAACGUACGUGCCCUACCUAUUCUUGGUACUUCCACUCGGACCAGUGACGCUAACAGGUCAAGACUACGUGCUCGUAGAGUCUGGGUGUGUCUGCAGACCAGACCCGGUGCCAUAGACACAGACUUAGACCAUUCGCUAUGAGAAACUAUUAGAAAAAAAAUGAUCCGUCCAAUAGACAAUUUGCAAGAUGGCUGCUGUUUCCCGCCAUUUUUUUGUAGUUGAAGUUUAUUAUUUAUUUUUCGAGAGUUUUUUAUGAUUGUUGUGUUCUUGCUGCGUUUGAAAUCUUGUUUUGGAUUUUAUUUUCGAAUAUUAUUUGGAGAAUCUCAGUUCAAGGAUUAAGAAGUCAGCUGGCUCUGUCAGAUUGUAUUUCGAUCUUCUUUGGGUUACCUAUCUAUUUUUCUUAGGUACACAUUGGUGGAUGAUUUAGCACAAUUUACUGUUUAAAAUUGGAGAGACUAAAACUUUUACAUAAAUUAUGUAAUGUAGGUAAAUUAAUCUAAAAUUCUUAAGACUAUUGACGCAUUUAUUAGAUUUUAUAUUGGUUAAAAAAGUAUUUUAUUAUAGAGGUGACAUUACUAUUGAUAUUAUUAUAAAGGGUGCAUUUAUUCAACUGUAAAAUUGCCGAAAAAUUACUAACGUACGAUUAUAAUUUGUCGGCCAUUUUUCAUUAAAGUUAACUUAUUAAACAGACUGAAUAUUAUUUUUAUUUUUUUUGUUAAUUUAUUAAAUAUUUUUAUUUAUUCUAUGUACCGUUGCUUGACGGAGGUAUUUAUAAAUUAACGAAUAGACUUUAUGAGAGAACUUAUAAAUGUGAAUACAUAAUUUAUUUUAUUAUGAUUUCGUGAAUUGCUCAUGUUACGUUAGUUACAAACAACGAAUGUAUCAAAGAUUUAAUAAAUUUUAAUGGAAAUUAUAAAACCUGUUUUAUUACAAUUUUCACCGAAAAUCUAGCAGAUAAAAAAACUAUUAGGUAGUAUAAAAGAAUCAAAUUAAUAAUUGAGUUUGAUCCUAAAUU